AUUUUAUUGCUUGUUUAUACAGUAGCAAACAUUAGGCGGAUUGAAUGUGUCUCAGCUUAAUUCUGUUCCCACGCUCUCGAGGUCAAAACAACGACAAGGGGACAAUAUUUGGCGUGUGUCACGCGACUCGUCGGCCGGGGAAGCUUUGUUUCACUCUGGGUCAGGGUGCUGCAUAAAACAAACAUCUUCAUCGCAGGGCCAAACCUGAAUCACUCCGCGUAGCAAAGCGUCGACCACUAUAUUUAUUGAAAGGUCAUCCUCUUAAUCUCCUCAAGGAGCCUGUUUACUAGUGUGGACUCCUGUGGAAGAUGGCACAUCGAGUAUUCGAUCCCCAAACACUUCUUCCGUAUUGGAACCGCGAUGAGGUCGUUGACCCAAACGAUGUGGCAGUUUACAGCAGGUACCUGAAACAUUACCAAAUGCUGACUCGCCUCAAUGGAGAGGAUGUGUACUCAAAAUCCAUCAUGGUUUUUGUUGAUGGAGCAUGCCUCGACAACGGCAGCCCUAAUGCGCAAGCUGGUUACGGCGUCUAUUUCGGAGAUGAUUCACCUCAUUCUAUCAGCAAAGCCGUUAAUCCUUGCGAACCCCAGACAAACCAGCGUGCUGAAAUUCAUGCCGCAAUUGCUGCUCUAUACCAAAUACGCCGCUUGAUCGACUUCAGGAACGGAAAUCUCACCAAAAUAAUCCUCGUUACGGAUUCGGCUUAUGUUGCGCGGUCGAUGAGCGAGUACAUCCUCAAAUGGCGGGAGAAUGAUUAUACGAAUUCACGUGGCUCUGACGUCGUUAACCGGGAUCUCUUCAAGCGCCUGGAUGGCCUCAUCAUUGAACUGGAGGAUGGAAAUAGGCGCCAAGUUCAGUUUUGGAAGAUUCCUAGGUGUUGGAACUCGGACGCAGACGAGCUGGCAAGGGACGCCGCUGAUGGUUGCUGUUAGAGGACUGUCACAGAAACGGAUUAUCACCAUGGGUACCGAUCCGCGUUGCCUGCCUCCAAAGACGGAACAAAUCCUCUUCAUUGAUCUCCUCUUGGAUUUUUUUUGUGCAUAGCAUAGUGGAGGGAAGCGUUAUUUGUAUAUCCAACAUAAUAUUGUUCUUGAGCCCUAGUCGCUUGACUCACCGAUAUAUGCAAUAGCAUUGUGCAGGGAUAGCGAAG